AUGCAACGCCAUGCAUAUGCGCUUCUAGCCCUAGUCCAUGGCUACCUCCCUGUGGUAUGCAUAUCAAAAUCACCUCAGGUUUGCGUUGUCUAUGGCCUCGAGGGAGGAGGCCUCAAGCACAGUUAUCGGAAGCACAGCUCUCCAAUACCACUUGAAACUACCUUGAGCUAUCACGCACUUGACGAGUACCUUGCACGACAACCCCUUCAAGGCUCUCAAGUACCAACCACCACACCCACCACACCCACCACCGCUGUCGAAGCUCUCCGAAAGGAAGCAUCAAGUCAACCACAGCGCUUUCAACCACCUUUGAUUAAAAGAGUCAAAAUGUCUGCAUCAGCACGCGACAAAAAGAAGCCAGCCAGGCCAGACAGCGCGCAACGCAAAGCAUCCAAGCGUCAGCACGAGGACGCCUGGCGUAACGUUGCCUAUACCAUGCGCAUCUUGUUCGCGCCCAAGGAGUCCGGCUACGAGCACGACAUCCAGGGGCCGAACGGCCGCGUCAUCAAGGCUGGCACACCAUUUCGCCUGGCCGAUCUGCAGCUACGGGGCACCAGAAACUGGGCACGACAAUAUGGCUACAUUCCCGACUUCUCGCGUGGCGCCAUCAUCGACGGUCAUGGCAAUGCGUGGACCGUCGAUCGCACCAGGAAGUAUCUGGUGCCUGCACCGCCGGCACAAACACCACCGGCAGCUCAGCAGCAAGCUCAGCAGCAAGCUCAGCUGCCACCCCCGCCGCCACCUCAGCCAAUGCAGUACCCGGCUGUACAGCAAGCGCAGCAGGACUACCAACCGCUGCCUGCUGUGCAGCAACCUCAGCAAGCCCUGUACAUGCCGGCUACUGUACAGCAACCGCAGCCGUUCUACCAACCGCUGCCUGCUGUGCAGCAACCCCAGCAAUUCCUGUACAAGCCGCCUACUGUACAGCAAGCCCAGCCAGUCCAGACCAUGCCGCUUGCUGUACAGCAACCACAACAGCAGCAGUAUGAGUCGGACUCUGCAACACCAGAGGCAUCUGAUGAGGUUUUGCAUGGUUCCUUCGAAGAGGCGAUGUGGGAGAAGGACUUCGACUUCAUCGCCUACCUCGGCAUCGACGACAUCGCGGCGAUGGACCCGGCAGCAAUGCCGAUCCCCGACCUAGGGUUGUUGUCCCCGCAGGGACAUGAUGAGUUCACGGAGCAGAGCGCGCAGUUCUCUGCCGACUUGUAG